CCCCUGGCCCUGCCCCUUCGACAACACCUCCCUGGGCCCGUCCCGCCCGACGGCCACGCCCACUUCCCUCAGGCCCCUCCCCCGGGGCGGCCCCUUCCCGGCGUCAGUCCCGACCUUCUGGGGUCCCCUGUGGUCUGGCAGCCCCUCCCCCAGCGGCGGCCCCCACUGUACUCGCCCCUCCCGGGAGAGCCCCGCCCGCGCUCCGUCAAGUCCCGCCCUAGGCCGCUCCCGGUGACAGCAGGUGCGCUCACCUCUGUCCGCCAGCGUUUCCCGCCCCACGGAGGUGAACUGGGCCGAGGCCCUGCCCGCGAGGAACUCGCAGUCUAGCGGCAGACCGUGCUCGGCAGAUGCGUCCGGCCCAGUGAAAGGGUGAGGCAAGAAGGCCCGAGUCCUGAGACCCCCGGAAACUGCGGAGGCCACCCAGGCCUGGCCUGGGCUCUGGGCCACCCUGGAGUCACCCCGGAGCCGCUGCUCCUUCUGCCUCCCCCAACCCACCCCUGAGGCUGUUGGCCAGGCCAGCCGUGUUGGAUGACUUCAAUUUCUUAAAGAAGCUGAGAGAAGAAAGGAAAGCAAAUUGCUUCAUCUCUAUUGAUGUGUCUUCAAGUUGCUUAAAUUAUUUCUUCAGCUCAAAUCUACUGUUGAACGCCUCUAGUGCUCAUCACCCUCACGGCCUUCAUGUUUAAGGCAGAACUUGUGUGUGGUGUAGACGCGGCUCUCUUCCACAGCGUCUUUGGGGUCACAGGACCAGGCGCUGUUUGAGUGGACUCAGCCUCUGUCUCUGCCCCCAAGCCUCCUGCGCUAGCCAUGCCUGUGCCCACGGAGGGCACCCCGCCACCCCUGAGCGGCACCCCUGUCCCAGUCCCAGCCUACUUCCGCCAUGCAGAACCUGGCUUCUCUCUCAAGAGGCCUGGAGGGCUCAGCCGGAGCCUCCCGCCCCGGCCUCCUGCCAAGGGCAGCAUCCCCAUCAGCCGCCUCUUCCCUCCUCGGACCCCAGGCUGGCACCAGUCCCAGCCCCGGAGGGUGUCGUUCCGGGGUGAGGCUUCAGAGACCCUGCAGAGCCCCGGGUAUGACCCAAGGAGGCCAGAGUCCUUCUUCCAGCAGAAUUUCCAGAGGCUCAGCCGCCUGGGCCAUGGCUCCUACGGAGAGGUCUUCAAGGUGCGCUCCAAGGAAGACGGCCGGCUCUAUGCUGUAAAGCGCUCCAUGUCACCAUUCCGGGGUCCCAAGGACCGUGCCCGAAAGUUGGCAGAGGUAGGCGGCCACGAGAAGGUGGGGCAGCACCCUCGAUGCGUGCGGCUGGAGCGCGCCUGGGAGGAGAGCGGCAUCCUGUACCUGCAGACGGAGCUGUGCGGGCCCAGCCUGCAGCAGCACUGUGAGGCCUGGGGCGCCAGCCUGCCCGAAGCCCAGGUCUGGGGCUACCUGCGGGACGCUCUGCUCGCCCUGGCCCACCUGCACGGCCAAGGCCUGGUCCACCUUGAUGUCAAGCCCGCCAACAUCUUCCUGGGGCCCCGGGGCCGCUGCAAGCUGGGUGACUUCGGGCUGCUGGUGGAGCUGGGUACAACGGGGGCCAGCGACGCCCAGGAGGGAGACCCUCGCUACAUGGCCCCUGAGCUGCUGCAGGGCUCCUAUGGGACAGCGUCGGACGUAUUCAGUCUGGGUCUCACCAUCCUGGAAGUGGCAUGCAACAUGGAGCUGCCCCAUGGUGGGGAAGGCUGGCAGCAGCUGCGCCAGGGCUACCUGCCCCCCGAGUUCACUGCCGGUCUGUCUGCUGAGCUGCGCUCUGUCCUCGUCAUGAUGUUGGAGCCAGACCCCAAGCUGCGGGCCACAGCCGAGGCCCUGCUGGCCCUGCCCGUGCUCAGGCAGCCGCGGCCCUGGAGCGUCCUGUGGUACAUGGCUGCUGAGGCCUUGAGUCGAGGCUGGGCCCUGUGGCAGGCCCUGCUCACCCUGCUGUGCUGGCUCUGGCAUGGGCUGGCUCACCCUGCCAGCUGGCUGCAGCCACCGGGCCCGCCAGCCACGCCGCCUGGCUCCCCGCCCGGCUCCCCGCCCUCCAGCCUCCUCCUGGACAGCAGCCUUUCCAGCAACUGGGACGACAGCAGCACAGGGCCCUCACUCUCCCCGGAGGCCAUCCUGGCACGGGCAGGGAGCACCUCCACGCCCCGGAGCAGGUACACACCCAGGGUUGCCCUGGACCUCAGUGACAUCGACUCAGAGCCUCCCCGGGGCUCCUUCCCCUCCUUUGAGCCUCGGAACCUCCUCAGCCUCUUUGAGGACUCCCUAGACCCAACCUGAGCCCAGGCUCGGCCUCUGCACUUUUAGCCUUUUAUCCUGUUUCCCUCCCAUCCCUCUGGAAGCUGGAUCCCUCUGGAAGCUCCAUGGCCCCUUUUGCCUGGUUGUGUCUAAUAAAAGAUAUCUGAAUUUGGGGAACA